AACCCACAAAGCUUACUUGACACCACACCACCAGCCAGCAAGCAUGACAAUGGCGACGGCCAUGGUCGCCGCCGUGCUACUACUGCUCACGAUCUCCCCAGCAGCAGCAGCAGCACUGUCGCCGCACUUCCACGCCGACUCAUGCCCGGAGCUCGAAUCCAUAGUCCGCACCUCCGUCGAAGCCGCCCUCGAGGAAGAGAUCGCGCUCGCAGCCGGGCUCCUCCGGGUCUUCUUCCACGACUGCUUCCCGCAGGGCUGCGACGGCUCCGUCUUCCUCACGGGCCGAAACUCCGAGCAAUCCCUCGGCCCGAACCUCACCCUGCAACCCCGAGCUCUGCAACUCGUCGACGCCAUCCGGGCCAAGGCCCACGCCGCCUGCGGCCCAACCGUCUCCUGCGCCGACAUCUCCGCCCUCGCCACCCGGGACGCCGUCGUCUUCUCCGGAGGCCCAAACUACACCGUCCCCCUCGGCAACCUCGACAGCCUCACCCCGGCAUCCGCAAAGGCCGUCAUGACGCUCCCGUCCCCGAUCACCUCCAGCGUGGCAGCGCUCUUCGAGGCCUUCAGGACACGUGGCCUGGUCGAGCUGACGGACCUCGUGGCGCUCUCGGGCGUGCACACCGUGGGCCGCGCCGGGUGCCGGUUCUUCGCCGACCGGUCGGCGAAGCAGGACGACACGUUCUCCAAGAAGCUCGCUGCCAAUUGCAGCGUGGAGCCUGAUCGGUUGCAGAACCUGGACGUGAUCACGCCGGACGUGUUCGACAAUGGGUACUUUAAGGCGCUUAUGUUUAACCAGGGCGUGUUCACCUCUGACAUGGCGCUCGUGAAGGAUAAAGACACGGCGCCUAUUGUGAAGAGGUUUGCGGGGAGUAAGGACAAGUUUUUUAAGCAGUUUGUCAAGUCUAUGGAGAAGCUUGUUAACGCGCCUAGGCCCGACGGGAAUGUUGGGGAGAUCCGCCGUAGCUGCAGCAGCCCCAAUGGUGAUGACGGCGAGAAGGAGGACUUUGCCGUGGCUUCUGCUUGAAUGCUUGGUUGAUAGUUUGUCACUUGAUUUGUGUGCGUGUAACGGCCGUGCGUUAGCGUGCAAGGCUGGCUAGCUAUGAUCGACAGUUGAGUGUGUCGGCCGUGUUCUGUUUCAGCGGGCAACGGUGUUCCUUCCAAGCUUAAUUUGGUUCGGGCAGAAAUAAGAGAGGUCGGUGUUUGCUUUCUUGCCUUGUGCAGGUAACAACUUUGUGUCUAUCAAAAGAGAAGAGAACAUGAUCUCUACUUAUCUGCUUGUGGUA